GAAAGUGUGUGUCAUCGAUGAAGAAGGGAGACACGACACCAUAUCAAGGUAACAUUUUUGCACUGUUAGAACCAUUCUUUUCCUAAAUGAUCAUCAGCAAGUUUUGCCAUUGUUUGACCUUGCAGGGAUAACACCACUAUAACCGAGGGAGAUGCAACCGGUAAAGAAGGUGGAGAUCCCAUCAUGACAGUUCUGAUGGAGAUUCACACUGUGAGUAUAUUUGAUCACGGAAGGGUGCUGUUUAUGCAUAUGAUAUCAGCUACAGUGGCAUUAUCUUUUACGAUGAGUUUGGGUUAUGUGCAGGUUAUUCUGAAUGAAAUUAAGGUCAUCAACAGCAUUCUCGAAACUCAGAUUGAGCAGAUUAAAGAACUUACUCAGAUGGUGGCUACUCAAACGAGGGUCCUGGAGGAAAUGACGAAAACUGUAAACUCUACUCGCGUUGAGGCACAGGAGCAGAAUGUUACUAUGACAACCACAACUUGUGGGUCAACGAAGGAGAACAAAACAGCAAGAAGGCAACAAACAUCAGAGUCACUGAAUGAUGUUAGGCAAAAGGAAGAUGGCUCGCCAUUCACCUACUAUACCCAUGUUAUUGGAUACACGAAUUCCACACAGAUGCCAGAUGGAGAUAUUGGUUCCAAAUGAUUAUUGCAAAGUUUAUCGACAAGCUUUGCGGACCCUAUGUCCUGGACAAGAAGUGGUUGAUGAUGUAAGUGCAAAAAACCUUAAUUUAAUACUAUUACUAGCCUUUUUCCAUAGAUGCCAUAAACUCAAGCUAAGUAAAUUAAACCCUGUUUCAAAUCCCCUAUAAGGUAGGUGCUCAACCUAGUUGCCUUCAUGAUGACUAAAGAGAAACGUGGAAGCAAGUGGUUUCUGCCUACUACAUUUGCUAUCAGUUAAUUAUCUAUAUUCCAUGCUGGUUGUGCGCAAUGUAUUGGAAGGUUUAUUGUUGAUUACUUCAUAUCAUGUUAAAUUGAAAAAUGUUUCAGCAAUUGGCCGUAAACCCCACAAGCUAUUGUAAGAAAACACGAGUUUAUAAAGACCAACUUCAUGGGAUAUGCCGAUCAUAUCACUCACAUAUAU